AUGCUUAGUGAUAUCAAGUCCUUGGAUGAGAAGGAGGCGUCUAAUGACAGCGGAACAGAGGAGUUAGAAAUGGAGACAGACCAAAGGAGGGACUUGCACACCUCAUCAUUCCGAUGCAAUACCGCAUCCACGUCUUCACACAGUGGCUCUCCAUUCCAACAGCAUACUGCACUUCCAUCGUGGCUGCCUAAACAGCGCCAUCGUAUGCUUACUUCACCAAAUUUAACCCCCAGUCAUACUCUGGAAAAAUUACCAAAAGAGAUUCUUAUUCGUUUGUUUGACUACCUUGAUGACUUUUCCGUUUGGGGUCUUCGCCUCGCUUCUCCCCGACUUCGUGCAAUUAUUGACAGUGAAAUACCCGAACGUAGAUGGGCUGCAUUUGUCGCUCAUCGGUGGCCAAUUUUUGUACCCCGUCAUCGAGUCUCUUCCUGGCGUCUCCUUUAUCUCAACAUGAUGGGAAGCGUUACCUGCAGCUUGUGCUUGUCCCGCAUUCACUUCCCUACCAUCUUUCCGAUGGACAUUCCCGGAGUUCGCUUCCGUCGCAUAGUUUCUGAGAUACGCAGUCUCUGUGCCGAUCCGCCAUAUGGAAUCAAGGCGUUGGCCCUUGAUACGGAUACCUUUGCUCACUGCCUAGCCGGCAUUGCUGGUCCACCUGCAUCUCCGUACGAGGGAGGGUUGUUUUACGUCCACAUUUUAAUUCCUGACAGCCAUCCAAUGCGUCCACCCGUAGUUAGGUUCCUCACGCGCAUCCUUCACCCAAACAUAAGUUGCCAUGGUGACAUCGGUCUAGACUGCAUCCGACACAACUGGAGCCUGGCUCUUACUCUUGACAAAGUCCUUUUGAGUAUCCAGUCAUUACUUACUGAUCCAUACACAAAGGUUUGCAUGGAACCGGCAAUCGGUCGGCUGUACACUCAAAACCGAGAUCAGUUUGACAAACUUGCGAAGUUAUGGACAUGGAAGUACGCUUGCCACGAUUAUCUGUCUACUGCUUUCGUCUCUCAACUUUCGGUUCCUGAUUACAUUGAGUAA